CUAAUGAACCUUCGAGCACCACUAUAGCCAGUGAAUCUUCAACCAGCACUUCAGAAAUUCAAACAGAUACUUCUGAGCCUUCCCAACUCGAAGUAUUUGUAUUAAAUUAUCUUCAAAAUCAAGAGAUUUCAACUAUUCCCACCAGAAUUCUGAAACUCAAUCCUUGCAGUAUUUGCCAAAGAAAGUAUAUUAUGCAAGCAGAAACUGAACCACCUCUUACAUGCUCUUCGUGUAAUAUAAUCAUUGAGUUGACUAAAGAAGAGGCAGUACUCAUCUCUGGAAAAUAUCAUCUUCAAAAAAAACAAACUGACACUGGACAGGGUAAUGAGGAGCUCAUAACUUCAUUAGGAUUGGUAGAAGGUGGCUCUCAUGCUAGACAAGGGAGUCAGUCGAAGCAAGUCACUAUGCAGGAUCAGGCAACAAGCCCAAUCGUGAUUGAGGAUGAUACUUCUGAAAAUAAUGAUAAUGAAAGGACACCAGAUGCAUCAAACCGCUCUGCCAAUCCAUUAAGACGUUUGCCAAGGCAUUCAUCAAGACAAUCAGUUACCUCUGGAAAUAAUAACCAUGAGCACAAUAUCUUGCAGGGCUUAUUGCAAGAAUUAUCUACACCUGUUAGGGGGGAAUCUAUUGAGAAUAAUGAAGUGGCUGAGGAUGAUUCAGAAGCUUCAAUGUCAAAGACUUUAACCCGCCUCUUCCAAAAAGUUUAUAGAGCAGAGACGCGUGCUACAAAAGCAAUCCAAGAAGAAAUUUCGUGUUGGUAUUACUAUGAGAAGGCAUAUAAAGAGAGGGUUGAGGAGAUUAAGAAUGCUCGGAGAGGAAUUAGUGAUUAA